CACUAUGCACUUUGGCGGCGCGGUAUUCAGCAUACCGACCCCAGCCUCGACAAUGUGAUGGUCGAUCGAAGCGAAAAGCACUCCGGAGUCAUGAACGACUGGGACCUGGCAUUCGUCGACGGUCUUUCAAAACAUGAUGGUAGCGAUCGGACUGGGACCGUCCUUUUCAUGGCGUUAGAUCUGCUCACGGACGAGUACUGGGACGGCACGAUCGAACGUUUAUACCGCCAUGACUUG